AAGGAGGGAAUCCUAGGGAAUCGUUACCAGGCUCAAGGAUCAAAGUGAUAAUCGAGCAUUGACAACGGCUGACUACUAGCAAGCAACGGUGUUUGGUUGUCCGUUCAGCCGCCAUGCUCCCUAUCGCUAACUUGAAUCUCAAAGACUUAUACCAAUCAACCUUCGAAUUCUUUGCCUCGCGUACUCCAUCCUUCUCUUUCAGCGCUGAAUCAACUGACGACUCUGACUCUGAUCAUUCCUUUCCACCAACACCCAGUGACCUUUCGAACCUACUUCUUCAUCCAGAGGAGGUGUGUCUUCCAUUACGUGACAGGUUGGAUGCUGCCGAGCGCACCCGCUGUCAUACUACAUCCUCUUAUCGUUCUUUCGGAGCCUCUGCUGCUGCUUCAACUCUUUAUUCAAUGCGCCGAGAACACGAUGCCAUAAAAAAUGAGCUCUCCAGAACUCAAGCUGAAGUCGCUCGCUGGGAGGAGAGGUGUAAAACCCUCGAGAAGACACUCAAGGAAACGAAGGACCUCUUGAAGGUCAGAGACCAGGAGAUCCAAGUGCUCAAGAAGGAGCGUGAUAGGAACUCUCCCGAGCGUCAGCUAAGAGAGCGCACCUCCAUGCACAUCGAUCGUCGACGAAGCCGUGAUCCGGUUCAUCAUCAUCGAUCAAACUCAUCCCAGUCUCAGCAGAUCCGGCUGAGCGCUGACUGGUCAGAGAUCCGUGACGACACCUUAUCGCAGACCAAUGGCAAUCAUCGCCGUAUUGCCAGCGACCCUCACCCAGAUAACAUGUCCACCGUCUCCGAGGAAGAGCGAGCCCACUCUCGCAGCUUAGAGACUUUCCUCAACAAGAUUGAUUUGUGGUCUGGCGCGCAGGUCAUACAAGCCGUGCAAGAUCUCAACUCUGAGAUUCUCCAGUUCGCGGCCUCUGCCACAGAGCUUUGCACCUUCUCCAAGCAGCGCCCUAACUCAGCCAAGGUGACGCAAGCUUCCUCCGAAGUUGCCACGAGGUUGGGUAGUGCCCUGAGUCGCUUAUUAGCGACUCGGGAUCACUCCCAAGAUCCUAUGCUGGUUCAGCUAGCUCUCCAGGGUUGCAUCUCGUACUGCAUAUCCAGAGCACUAUCAUCGUUUUGCAUCGGUUACCAGUCCAAAGCCAACAUCACUCUGACCCAAAUCUACACCCACAUGUUCCAGUCAGAACCUCAACCAACUUCAUCACGAUGGAGAGCUCUGACUCAUAAACACAUUCACGAGCUUCACCCCGAGCUCAACGAUUACGCGAUCAACGAGAUGACGGAAACGAUCUUUCGCUGGUCGUUAGACAUAUUCCUCAUCUCUGGCAGCACCAAUCCGCAGCCCAACCCGGCUUCUCGCGAGAACUUCCGUGGGCGCUUCGGGGCUCAAGUCAAACGUAUCUCCAAGGCCGCUUGCAGGCUCGCGCAAGUGACAAAGGAGGAGAUCAUGUCAGCGAACUUCGAGGUUAUUGCUGCGGAUAGCGGCCAGUCGUUUGAUGGGCAGGACAUGACGGAUGCCUUUGAAGACUAUGGAUCGUCAGAUGGCGUCGUUCUGUGCACAACGGAACUAGGCCUACGGUGCUCGACGAGAAAGGGCACGAGCGAUACGCCAGCUUCAGAAGAAAAUAUAGAUCGGCGUAUACUGUUACGACCCAAGGUGGUUCUUGAAUCUGUUGUGGAAGUUAUUGACCCGCGAUGAUGUCUCUUUCUUGAUAAUAAUCUUCUGCUGCAUCUAUGUUACCCUACAUAAUUCCCCUCAUUCAUCCAUACCACCCACUGCUGUUGUAUUGUCUUUGUACUUAUACUUACUUCAUACUUCACGGACAUUGCUCGUAUCAACUUACCCGGAUAUUGUUUGUCAUUGUUUAAUCCUAAUGGUGCUACUCAACAAACUCAAACAUCCGAUCGCAAAUGCUUACAGAUCGAGAGUCACGUGAACGUUUCCGUUAUAACACCUCGCUUGGCC